AUGGUUAAUGGUGUGCCCACCGAUGGGAAGUUUCUCUCUGUUAAAAUCACCACCGACGGGUUUGCCCUCCAACCGUGUAAUCCGUCGUUUGUACAAGCUCGUGAUGCCAUCAUCGACGCUGAUGUAGCUUUGACGGGCGGUGAGAAUGCCUGUGAGAUUUGGAGGGCAUUUGCUAAGCGUGGUUUGGGAGCCAGUGCAGUGACAGGCGAGCCUCGGGUUGAUUCAUUUGAUCUUCCAGAAGGUGUAUGCUAG